UUACAGGUUCUGUUUACUACUGGCGAAGGAGAGGCACAGAGAAGGGGAUCCUAAGGGACUGAACAAUUUUGGCCUACCUCUGUCGUAGAGUAAAAUAUCGACAUUAUAUUUUGCUGUUCUCGUUGUGCAAUAACCGUGUGGUCAUUUUGGAAGGAGAUAUUCAUCAAGUUAAAUCACCGAAACGCCGUUAUUAUGAAGAAAAAUAGCAACUGACUAGCGAACGAGCAACAGCGAUGACUGACAGUUGAGUGGAAAUCUCAGCGUUGACUGAAUCGAGUUUGCUGUUUGAUUUCUUUUUUUCUCCAUACACGGUUCAGAUUAGUUAAUAUUACUUGAAGUUGUAAACGACAUAGUAAUCGUUAGUAUUUUGCGUUUAUUCAAGAAGAUAUGUUUGUGAAAGACAGCAGCCAUGAGUAGUGACCCGUGGGUUUCGUUUACUACUGUACGCCACGCGUGCCUUGCAUGAACCUGAAGUUGUCAAAAGCGAAGCUACAGAAUUCAGGACUGUGCGACGGGGGAAAUUGCUGCACUUUACAAGCUGCGGUUUAGGUUUUCUUUCAAUGUACGGGAAUAGGCAAUUUACUUAGUAACUACAUACAUAGCAACAUCCAUAGCGGGUGUUACCGGAAGCGUAAUUCAAUUGAGAGUUGAUAUCUUUCUAAUCGCACAAACUUUGUGGCCUCCUGCCCAUUCCGCUAACGGUCACGUUAGCUAGCAGCUAGCUAACGUUACUCCCCCUUCUCUGCAACGCUAGAGACUGCGGAUUGUAUCAACACUUGAAAAGACGCAAUGCGAUGCAAUUUAUUGCAAAGUGAGACUUUUCCUUUGUUUAGCCACAAUGAUUCUCACGGUUGCGUUUGUUUGUGGUGAUUUUGAAUAUCCCUCUGACCUGUGCAGUUAACUAGCUGAAGCUAACCAGUGAGUUAGCUCGCUAAGUUAGCUAGUAGUGAACACGUUGGACCCUCCGCCCAUUUUUCCGGGAUGACCGUUUUUAUUUUUGUUUACCUGUGGUUUAACUAACAAACCAAACGACAGCUACACCUUGCCAGCUAAUUUUAAUCGAUUUGACUCGGAUUCUUCAUACAGUUGCUCUCUACUGUGUUGUCGGUCGGAUAUUGACUAGAGUUGAGUCAAUAUGUGUCCGCGGACUUUCCUUGUGUUUUUUGUGACUGCUGUCUACGUAUGGAAUUGUCAGCAAACGAAUGGAGAAAGUACAGAAAUCUCCCCUGGAAUCUGCUCCAGUAAGGACAUCCGGAACAACGUGACCAACCUGCGCUCCCUGGAGAACUGCACAGUGAUCGAGGGCCACCUGAAAAUCAUCCUCAUGUUCAAGACCAAGCCCGAGGACUUCAGGGGUCUCAGUUACCCAAAACUGACAGUGGUCACAGACUUCCUGCUCCUGUUCAGGGUCUACGGUAUGGAGAGUCUCAAAGACCUCUUCCCCAACCUCACUGUGAUCCGAGGUAACAACCUGUUCUUCAACUACGCUCUGGUCUUCUUUGAAAUGCUGCAGCUCAGGGAUAUCGGUCUCCAUAGCCUGAUGAACAUCACCCGAGGAGCGGUGAGGAUCGAGAAGAACCCGGACCUCUGCUACCUCUCCACCCUGGACUGGUCCAAGAUCCUGGACACGGUGGAGGACAACUAUAUUGUGUCAAAUAAGAACGACAGGGAGUGCGGGGACGUGUGUCCCGGGGCGUUGGCCAAAGGCAAGGCUACCUGUCAACAGACCACCAUCAAUGGGAACUUCAACGAACGUUGCUGGACGCACAAGCACUGCCAGAGAAUGUGUCCCACCAGCUGUAAGCACCGGGCCUGUACCAGAGACAACCAAUGUUGCCAUGAACAGUGUCUGGGAGGCUGCUCUGAGCCCCACAACAGCAGCAGCUGUGUUGCCUGCAAGAACCUCCAGCACCAGGAGGCCUGUGUGGAUCGCUGUCCCCAGGGAUACUACACCUAUAGAGGCUGGCGCUGCGUCCCUUUCUCCUUCUGCCAGGACCUCCACAACAAGUGUAAGCAGAGCAAGAACAGCGACUGCCACCAGUUUGUCAUCCACAAUGGAGCCUGUAUACCGGAGUGCCCCUCCGGGUAUACUACUGUAAACUCUACCACGUUGGUCUGUACUCCGUGUGCUGGGCUAUGUCCUAAGGUGUGUAUGGGCCUGAAGAUGGUGGACUCUGUGACAGCAGCCCAGGCUCUGAGAGGAUGCACCGUUCUCAACGGCAGCAUGGAUAUCAACCUCAGAGGAGGAAAUAACAUAGCAGCAGAGCUGGAGGCUAACCUUGGACAGCUGGAGGAGAUUACAGGCUUCCUGAAGGUCCGGCGCUCCUACGCUCUCGUCUCGCUCUCUUUCCUCCGCAACCUACGGGUCAUCAGAGGGGACACACUGAUGGAUGGGGGCUACUCGUUCUACGCACAUGACAACCAGAACUUGCGUCAGCUGUGGGACUGGACCCAACACAACCUGAGCAUCCUGCAGGGACGCAUGUUCUUUCAACUCAACGCUAAGCUCUGUAUGUCAGAGAUACGCAAGAUGGAGGAGGUUACGGGCACCAGAGACAGGCAUACCAAGAACAACAUCGUAUCAAAGACCAACGGAGACCAGGCCUCCUGUGAGAACCAGGAGUUAAGGUUUACCCAGGUGCGUGCUACACAUGAUAAGAUCAUGAUCAAGUGGGAACCGUUCUGGCCUCCCGACUUCAGAGACCUGCUGGGCUUCAUGGUCUUCUACAAGGAAGCGCCCUACCCCAACGUGACAGAGUUUGAUGGCCAGGAUGCGUGUGGUUCCAAUUGGGUAAUAAUUGACGUGGACCCCCCAGCUCGGGCAACAGAGGGAAACCCACAACAGGAGCCAGGUACCUUGAUCUUGUCUUUGAAGCCCUGGACCCAGUACGCCAUCAUGGUCAAGACCCAGCUCUCUGCCUCUGAUGAACACCAGGUCCUUGGGGCCAAGAGCAAGAUCACCUACGUCAGGACGGAUGCCACCAAGCCGUCAGUGCCCCUGGACCCCAUCUCCUCGUCCAACUCUUCCUCUCAGAUCCUGCUGAAGUGGAAACCUCCCACGGACCCCAACGGGAACAUCACUCACUAUCUGGUGUACUGUCAGCAGCAGCCUGAGGCCAGCGAACUCUACAAGUUCGAUUACUGUCAGAAAGGUAUGAAGCUGCCUUCGCGGGUGCCCACCCAGGUCGACAGUGACGAAGAGGCUAAGUGGAACCAGACUGAGGAUGAGGGUCAGGGUGGCCGCUGUUGUGCCUGUCCCAAAACAGAGAAACAACUGAAGAAGGAGGCUGAGGACUCAGAGUACCGCAAGACCUUUGAGAACUACAUCCACAAUGAGGUCUUCCUGCUCAAAUCAACCAGACAGCGCCGCUCAGCCAUGGGCGUAGCUAAUGAGACACAGCCUUCGUUCGUGACAAAGCCUCCCACCCUGCCGGAAGGUUACGCCACCCGCGGCCUAGACGACGAUGAGGAUGGUGUGGAGAGCACUAAGAUCCAGCUGACUGUGUUCUCCAAGGAGUCCACGGUCAUCUCCGGCCUCCGACACUUCACCUCGUACCAGAUCGAUGUGUUGGCCUGCAACCACCCCACAAACCCCUCACGCUGCAGUAUGGCAGCCUUCGUCUCAGCUCGCACCAUGCCUGAGGACAAAGCAGAUGACAUCGUGGGCCCCAUCAGCUAUGAUGUGUCUGAGUACUCUGUUCACAUCAAAUGGCUGGAGCCUAAAGCUCCCAAUGGAAUGAUCAUCCUGUACGAAGUCAACUACAAGAGACUGGGAGACACAGAGGAGUUGCACCACUGUGUGUCCAGGAAGAUGUACCAGCAGUCGGAGGGCAGCAGGCUGAGAGUGGUGCACCCUGGGAACUACACUGUGAGGAUCCGAGCCACGUCGCUGGCAGGAAACGGCUCCUGGACCGACCCCACACACUUCUACGUACAGGACCUCCGGGUGGACCCAUCCAACCUAUUGAUUAUCAUUGGUCCAGUCAUCUUCAUGGUUCUACUGGUACUGGUGGCAGCGGGAGGAUUCGUCAUGUUCAGGAAGAAGCAAACCCAGGGCCCCUCUGGACCCCUCUACACCUCCUCGAACCCAGAGUACCUCAGUGCUGCUGACAUGUACGAGCCAGACGACUGGGAGGUGGGCAGGGAUAAGAUUAACAUCCUACGAGAGCUGGGUCAGGGCUCGUUCGGCAUGGUCUACGAGGGCAUCGCCAAGGACAUCGUGAAAGGAGAGCCGGAGUCGCACGUGGCUGUGAAGACGGUCAACGAGUCGGCCAGUCUGAGAGAGAGGAUAGAGUUCCUCAACGAGGCCUCCGUCAUGAAGGGCUUCACCUGUCACCAUGUGGUGCGUCUGAUGGGUGUGGUCUCGAAGGGCCAGCCCACUCUAGUUGUCAUGGAGCUGAUGACCCAUGGCGACCUGAAGAGCUACCUGCGCUGCCUCCGCCCCGACUCUGAGAAUAACCCUACUGGGCGCCCGCCCCCCACGCUGAGGGAGAUGGUCCAGAUGACAGCAGAGAUAGCAGACGGCAUGGCCUACCUCAACGCCAAAAAGUUUGUCCACAGAGAUCUGGCCGCUAGGAACUGCAUGGUGGCACAGGACUUCACUGUCAAGAUAGGAGACUUUGGUAUGACCAGAGACAUCUAUGAGACGGACUACUACCGUAAGGGAGGGAAGGGUCUUCUUCCUGUCCGCUGGAUGGCUCCUGAGUCUCUAAAGGACGGAGUGUUCACCGCACACUCUGACUGCUGGUCAUUUGGGGUGGUGUUGUGGGAGAUCAGUACCCUAGCAGAGCAGCCGUACCAGGGCCUGUCUAACGAGCAGGUCCUGAAGUUCGUCAUGGAUGGAGGAUAUCUGGACAGACCAGACAACUGUGCUGACCGGCUACACAAUCUGAUGUCAAUGUCCUGGCAGUACAACCCCAAGCUGCGUCCCAGCUUCCAGGAGAUCAUUGAGAUGCUCCACGAGGACCUUCACCAGUCCUUCCAGGAGGUCUCCUUCUACUAUAGCCAGGAGAACAAGCCUCCGGAGCAGGAGGACUUUGACCUGGACAUGGACAACAUGGAGAGCAUUCCCCUAGACCCAUCCUCUUACUCUCAGAGAGGGGACCACAGUUCCUCUUACUCUCAGAGAGGGGACCACAGUUCCUCUUACUCUCAGAGAGGGGACCACAGUUCUUCUUACUCCCAGAGAGGGGACCACAGCUCUGAGCGGGACGAGGCGGGUUCGUCACUGGGGUUGAGACAAAACAACUACGAGGAACACAUCCCGUACACACACAUGAACGGGGGAAAGACUAACGGACAACAGACACUAGCCCUCCCUCGGUCUAGUCCCUCCUAACAGAACAUUAAAUGGGGUAAGGGUCUAGUCCCUCCUAACAGAACAUUAUAUGGGGUAAGGGUCUAGUCCCUCCUAACAGAACAUUAUAUGGGGUAAGGGUCUAGUCCCUCCUAACAGAACAUUAUAUGGGGUACGGGUCUAGUCCCUUCUAACGGAACAUUAAAUGGGGCAAGGGUCUAGUCCCUCCUAACAGAACAUUAAAUGGGGCAAGGGUCUAGUCCCUCCUAACAGAACAUUAUAUGGGGUAAGGGUCUAGUCCCUCCUAACAGAACAUUAAAUGGGGCAAGGGUCUAGUCCCUCCACACAGAACAUUAAAUGGGGCAAGGGUCUAGUCCCUCCUAACAGAACAUUAAAUGGGGCACGGGUCUAGUCCCUCCUAACAUAACAUUAUAUGGGGUAAGGGUCUAGUCCCUCCUAACAGAACAUUAUAUGGGGUAAGGGUCUAGUCCCGCCUAACAGAACAUUAUAUGGGUUAAGGGUCUAGUCCCUCCUAACAGAACAUUAUAUGGGGUACGGGUCUAGUCCCUCCUAACAGAACAUUAUAUGGGGUACGGGUCUAGUCCCUCCUAACAGAACAUUAUAUGGGGUAAGGGUCUAGUCCCUCCUAACAGAACAUUAUAUGGGGUAAGGGUCUAGUCCCGCCUAACAGAACAUUAUAUGGGUUACGGGUCUAGUCCCUCCUAACAGAACAUUAUAUGGGGUAAGGGUCUAGUCCAUCCUAACAGAACAUUAUAUGGGGCAAGGGUCUAGUCCCUCCUAACAAAACAUUAUAUGGGGCAAGGGUCUAGUCCCUCCUAACAGAACAUUAUAUGGGGUACGGGUCUAGUCCCUCCUAACAGAACAUUAUAUGGGGUACGGGUCUAGUCCCUCCUAACAGAACAUUAUAUGGGGUAAGGGUCUAGUCCCUCCUAACAGAACAUUAUAUGGGGUAAGGGUCUAGUCCCUCCUAACAGAACAUUAUAUGGGGUAAGGGUCUAGUCCCUCCUAACAGAACAUUAUAUGGGGUAAGGGUCUAGUCCCUCCUAACAGAACAUUAUAUGGGGUAAGGGUCUAGUCCCUCCUAACAGAACAUUAUAUGGGGUAAGGGUCUAGUCCCUCCUUACAGAACAUUAUAUGGGUUAAGGGUCUAGUCCCUCCUUACAGAACAUUAUCCCCAUGUCUUUCCCUCACACAGAUGAAUUGAUAUGAAUAUAGUUUUGUUGUUUUGUAUAGAUGAUCACUUUAUUCACUUGUUCAGAGGCCUCCUGGAAGUACACAUCUCAGGACAUUAUUGCUCUCUGUUGUCAAGAUGCCACCCUCAUUACACUACAGUAUGUAGCCAUGUUGUCCAAUGUCAACCAGGAGAGAACAUACAACCAACCACACGUACACUUUUUGUAUUCAAGAAAGACAAACCUCCCUCUACUGCUUCUCUCUUGUACUCUUUUUUUUCUUUUUUUAAUAUUGCCAAGUUUCCACGAAUGUGUGGCGGAGGUAGAAAUCAACUGUGAAAAUAAUUAAACUUUGGGUCAACCUGAAGGCUGCUAACCCCAGGACUCUCCAGACUGUCCCUUCCCCAAGCUGAGGCUCUCUCCCUGGGCAGCUCAGCCCUCCCUGGGCCAUGGAGGUCCCCCAUGGUGUCGCUCAGUGUAAAAGUGCCCUUUUAUCUCUGUCUGUGACCUGCAUCUUAUGUCAUGGAGCUGUGUCUGUCUGACCUGCAUCUUAUGUCAUGGAGCUGUGUCUCUGUCUGUGACCUGCAUCUUAUGUCAUGGAGCUGUGUCUCUGUCUGUGACCUGCAUCUUAUGUCAUGGAGCUGUGUCUGUCUGACCUGCAUCUUAUGUCAUGGAGCUGUGUCUCUGUCUGUGACCUGCAUCUUAUGUCAUGGAGCUGUGUCUGUCUGUGACCUGCAUCUUAUGUCAUGGAGCUGUGUCUGUCUGUGACCUGCAUCUUAUGUCAUGGAGCUGUGUCUGUCUGUGACCUGCAUCUUAUGUCAUGGAGCUGUGUCUGUCUGUGACCUGCAUCUUAUGUCAUGGAGCUGUGUCUGUCUGUGACCUGCAUCUUAUGUCAUGGAGCUGUGUCUCUGUCUGUGACCUGCAUCUUAUGUCAUGGAGCUGUGUCUCUGUCUGUGACCUGCAUCUUAUGUCAUGGAGCUGUGUCUCUGUCUGUGACCUGCAUCUUAUGUCAUGGAGCUGUGUCUCUGUCUGUGACCUGCAUCUUAUGUCAUGGAGCUGUGUCUCUGUCUGUGACCUGCAUCUUAUGUCAUGGAGCUGUGUCUGUCUGUGACCUGCAUCUUAUGUCAUGGAGCUGUGUGUCUGUGACCUGCAUUGAAUGUCAUGGAGCUGUCUCUUUGUCCUCUCAAGUUGUCAAGGAACGACAGACUUUCUGAGACUUGAGAACUAGCUAACUUUUGGAUUGAUGAAUGUGUCAAAUCCAUUUUCGAAUCUUCGAAACAAACUUUAUCGAUCCACUGGAGAAGCUUGUUGUCAUCUCUCCUCUCACUCUGCAGUAUUACAAACAUCACAUAAAGAAUUAACAUAUUUCUUUGGUUAUAUAUUUUUUAUUUAUUUAGGUUUCAUUUUCUCAUUUUGAGUUUUCACAUUUACAGCUGAAGGAUAUUUAAAAAUCUGUUUGAGGGGGGAAAAACAUUUUUACAAAAAAAAACGAGUUCCUCAGAUGACCAAUAGAUGCUUCUUUUGGUAUAUUUUAGUGGGUAUAGAAAAUAUAAAUAUAUAUAUAAAUAUAUUAUUGAUGGUUUUUUCUACAUAGUUGUUGACAUUGUGUUUCAUGAGGUAUUUCCGGUCUGUAGGGAAAAAAAAUGUUUUUACAUGUUUGUCUCUUAUGUUUAUUUUUUUCUAAUCCAGAAAUCAUACUAAUAAUCAUUUGGACUUGUGAUCAACCAACAGCACUUGGUCUUUUCUCUCCGUAUCAGAUGCACAGUAAGCGGAGGAGGAGGAGGAGGAGGAGCUUGGCCCGUUGAUAUCAAACUGUCUGCUCUAGAUAAAUAAAGCAGUGUGGUGCAACAUGACAA